AUGCCCCGACUCAAGCUCGCACUUCAGGCACGCCAGGCAGCUGCUCAUCGAGCUGAGCUGGCCAAGAAGUCUAGCCAAAAUUCGGACUCGAAAGCCAAGUCGGUCAAGGCGAGCACGUCCGGCUUGAAAAAGGCGCAGAAGAAGGCUCGCCUGGCCGCCCGCUUCCCCAAACCAGCAAAGGAUGGCGAGCCUGGAGAGCCAACAGAGGUUGCUGAACCCGAGGAGGAAUCCGCUCCGGCCAUCAUCCCCUUCACAAGCGACGAUACCAUCCUCCUCCUCGGUGAAGCCAACUUUUCCUUCGCCCUUUCUCUCGUCCAACAUCAUCAACACCCCGCACACCAAAUCUUGGCGACCAGCUAUGACUCGGAGAAGGUGUGCUUGGAAAAGUAUCCGGACGGGGAGGGAAAUGUGCGGGAGCUGAAGGAGCGAGGGGUUAUGGUGGAGUUCGGAGUGGACGGAGGGGCGCUGGAAAAGUGCAAGAAGGUCGGAAAGGGCAGGUGGUCCAGGGUGAUCAUGAACUUCCCACAUUCCGGAUCUGGAAUCAAAGAUCAAGAUCGGAACAUCCGGGACAACCAGAUGCUCCUUCUUCGCGUACUCCGCUCCGUCCGACCUGUCCUGACAGCUGGACCGGACAAGCUGCUGCCGGGAUCGCACUCCGGAAAGGCGCAGACUAAGAAGCGGAAGAAGGGGGAUGAUGACGAUGAGGAGGAGGAAGAGGCGCCAGCGGAUGAGGUCACCGAUGAGGAGGACGCCUAUCUUUCGGAUGACGGGGACUACAGCAAACUCCACACACUUCCCACUACGAACACCUUUACUCCUCCAAAGAAGCCCGGCACUCUUCUCAUCACACUUCUCGAUCAAGCGCCCUAUUCCCUCUGGUCUCUCCGAGCGCUCGCCAUCCGCCCGCCCCACGUAUGCCCCGGCACCAAACUACCUCAGCCAAAAUACAAGCUGAUACGGUCGUUCCGCUUCGAUCCAGCCACAUACCCAGGCUAUGCGCACAGGCGGACGCUGGGGUUCAAGGCGGGCGUGAGUAAGAGCGGAAACGAGGAGAUUUUGGGGCGGAAAGGGGAAGCGAGGACAUGGGAGUUUGCGCCUUCGCGGUAG